UUCUCUCUUGUAGGUUAUUGAUACUCAAUAUUGAGUAGAGACAGCAGGAGACAUACUGUAUUGGAGUGAUUCAUAAUGACUAGUAGCACUAGUAAUCCUGAUACUUGGCGUAAUGAUCUUUGGUUAAGUGUUAACGAUGAUGAUGAUCAUGAUUCUGAUACUGAUUCAAGACUAUCUGGAUCAGUAAUGGUUGACUCAGUCAUGCGAAGACUACAGCAGAAAGGUUACCAUAGUAACCACAGCGGAGGUGGGAGUGGUACAAUGUUAGAUCCAAUUGCUGAUCAUUCACUUGAAACUGAUAAUACAGAUGGAGACUUCUCUAACAGUUAUUCAAGACGAUCAACUGAACCAGCUGUCGUUGUCAAUGGUUACCAGCAGACACGCCCCUCUCCAUCCCAUAACAGCAGACGAGUCUCGGCUCCGUAUGUUCCAACGUCACCAAAGACGAGUCACAGGAUUGGGGGAGGGGUCGGGGGGUCACCUGGGAGGCGUGACCAUAUGGUACAUCCUUUUACUGCUGGGAGGAGAAAGGAUCACAUAUUACUGAGUCCAGUUCCUGAGAACGUGUCCAAGAGUGUCACCUCAGAAGUGGGUGAGGCUAAUUUCGGAGGGCCACACCUUUUUAUGGAUGGAAUGGGUGGAGCAUUGUCUGGCCCUACCCACCGGAGCAUGGAAAACGUUGGCGGAACUAGUUAUAAUUAUUUUCAUCAGCAGCAUCAUAAAACUAGUCCUUCUCAUGCUACUCGUCCAUCACCCGAAGGCUAUCAGUCUCCGCCUCUUGCCCCGCCUACCUCUAGUGGAGUGAUGAUUGGUCGUACAGGAACUCCUGAUCACAUGACGAGAUCAGCAUCCGAUCACUCACGGUUCAUGCAGCAGCAAGGUGGCAGUGGUCGUAGGGUAACCCUAUCAUCCCAUCCCUCACCGUACCACCAGUACCACCCUCCAGCCUCCUCCCUCCUCCCUGGGAGAUCCCCUCAGCUUCCCUCAAGGUUCAGACAUCACAUGACCACCAGCUACCAUGGAGAUAAUCAACAGUUUCAGAGCAACGUUGCAGCACAGCAUGAUUCAAUUGAGCAGCAUAUAUCAAGUUUGGGUCACGCUAAUCAUCACGGAUCACAGCAUGAGCCUAACCUGAACGAUGUUGUUGAUUAUUUGAGUCAUUCUGAUCCUUCAACGGUAGCUAACGCAGCGUCUUACAUACAACACUUGGCAUAUGGAGACGAUAACAUGAAAGCAAAGAUUAGACAAUUUGGUGGUAUACCGGCUUUACUCAGUCAAGUCCGUAAUCCUGACCCUAGAGUCCAGCUAGCGGUUUUGGGUGCCCUGAGAAACCUCUCCUACGGACGAGCUAACAACGAGAGCAAAAGCCAAAUAGCACAAGAUGCUGGUCUACCUAAUAUAGUCUACCUGCUGAGGAAUAACUCACAGCCUGAGGUCAGGGAGCUUGUCACUAGUGUUUUAUGGAAUUUGUCAUCAUGUGAAGAUAUCAAGUUAAGGAUACUCCAGUGUUCUCUGAAGGAUAUUGUCGACACUAUACUAAUUCCCUCUACUGGGUAUGGUCCAACUUAUCCUGCCGCUAGGGACUUCUCUCAAAGAACUAGCGUAUUGCACUGGACAGCCGAAAUGAAGAACUCUCUCGGUGCUAUACGGAAUAUAUCUUCGGCUGGUGUGGAGGCCAGGAGGUUUUUAAGAGCCUCUAAUAACCUUGUGGAUACACUGGUCUGGAUUGUAAGGGCAGCAGCAACUCAAGAGAACGUUGACGAGAAAACUGUUGAGAAUGCAAUUUGCAUUCUGAGAAACCUCUCGUUUCAAAUUGAAGACGAAGUUGAUACCCAACAGGGAGCAGAUGAUGAUAUUGACAGUCAGUGGGAGAGACAGAUACAGCAAGAGAUUGAGGCAGCUAAGGAAGCUUUGCAUCCGACCAGCAAGAAAACAAAUAAAUCCUUUUUAUUAUUUUGUGCAAGACCUCAGGGAGACUCUAGUAACAUGAGGCGGCAAGUCAACUAUCAUUUAAACACACCCAGAAACCUUGCCACUCCAGACAGCACGUUACUCCCCAAGAGACCCCAGGCUGUGCGAGGUGCCUCGUUGCUAUGGCAACCGGAGAUCAUCUUCCCUUAUCUUGCUCUCCUUGAGAAGUACACGUCAACGACCGACCUAAUGGAGGCAGCUGCUGGAGCAAUACAGAACCUCACUGCCUGCAACUGGAAGUGGGCGGUGUACCAGCGUCACUUGAUUCGGAAGGCAAACGGUUUAACACUUUUAAUUGAGCACUUGAACCACGCCCACGAUACUGUCGUCAGAUCAGUCUCCACGGCACUACGUAACCUCUCUAUUGAUGAAACAAACAAAGAAAUAAUUGGUCAGUACGGUAUAGAGGGGAUCAUCCCUAGGAUCCCAUAUGGUCAGAAUAGUUUGGGUAUAUCAGAAUCAACGACCAUUUCAUUGCUUUGUACACUAAUGGAGCUUUGUAUAGAUAAUUAUAACAACACCAGCACAUUCCGUGAUUGCAAUGGAAUUACUCCAAUUGCUCGUUUGACCCAAUCAAAAGAACACACGCCCAAAGUUGUGUAUGCAGCACAUAAAUUAUGUUCAAUCAUUUCAGAAUACAAAGUAGCCAAGUCGGUACUCAAGCAAGAAGGCUGGGACUCUCGUGAGUAUCUUCGUCUUUUCUCCGAAGGAGGACACAAUUACAAUUUUGAGCUGUCACACGCCGGCACUCAUCAUCCCGUGGGUGGAGGAGGAGGGGCUGCUGGGGGCGGAGCCUCUCGUCGCUCCUCGUCUGAAGAAAAGAAAAAGAAAAGAGCUAAUUCUGACCCAAUGGAAAUUACAAGAAUGGCAGCACAAUCACAGCAACAACACAGCUUAAAGAAAGAUUCAACCGGUUCAAUACCCCCGGCCCUUUCAAAUGUAGCUCCUGCCCCUCCCACUUCAUCAGCUCCCAUAUCCCCUUUACACAUACAGGACUUGAUAGACCCAACUUACAACAUUAUACCCAAUCCUAAAGACCCUCCCACAGCUACUCCGCCUAGCGACGGCCUGCCAACGACCGUGCCCCCUAGUAACCCAGGCCCGAUCAGUAUGUAUGCUGAAAUUAACGAUCCAAGUAUUGAACAAGUUCGGAAGAAAUCGCUAGAACGGCCUCAGUCUCGUUCUGACUCUCGUGCUCAUUCUCGUACCGGGUCUCAGCCUCAUUCUGAGCCUCGAUCGAGUCCUAUUGAUCCUCGUAGUACCACUCCUCAUGAAGGACUCUCCAGUGAUGAGCAGGGGGAACCUGGCAAUGCUAUGUACGCUCAAGUUGAUUACAACAAGAAGAGAGAGAGCAGGAAGAGGAGGGAAGAGAAGUACAAGCAAGAGGAGCAGGAGAAGGUCCUUAAUAAUGGUGCCAUUGAUUCAUGGGUUUGAUUUGAAAUAUUUAUUCUCAAGAACUUUUAUUACUUUAUUCUCUUUCUCUUUCUUAAUAAAUUUUUGUUUUUUUCUGAUCUAAUUAUUAAUUCUUGUUUUUGUCAGUUGUAUGCGUAUUUGUCAUUCCAUACCUCAUUUUCAUUAUUAAAAAAAUUAUUGCAAAUUUAUAAUAA